AUGGCUGAUGACGAAGCUGAAGCCACUUUCCCCCAAGAGCAAGCUACACCUGCCGAACCCCAGGUUUCUACAGAGCAAGAUGGUCAUGGCGAUAACUCAGAUGCAGACUCGGAUGAAUACGACCCCUCACAGGGUUGGGAAGGACAGUACUCGAAUCCUAUCAACGACAGCAAUCAGCUUGAAGCAGGCCCCGUUGAUGCAUCUGUUGCAGAUGACGAGGAAGAUUCCGUCCCCAAUGCGAUCGACGCGCCAGAAACAGAGGCUGACCAGACCAGCGCUUCUGUCGAGCCUUCCCAGGACCCUUCACGUGCUGAGUCGUCGACCCCCAUGCAACUGUCUGGUGCCACUGAGACACCCAGGGCCAGAACUAUUGGGGGAUUCGAGGUUGAUGAUGAGGAUGACCAGGGUGAUGCGGAUUAUGAGCCGCCGGCGGUACUCGGGGGCGAGGAUGCUGAUGCUAUGCCUGUGACAAUGUCUGAAGAUCCCAGCUCAGGAAUUGCAAAUCAAAAUACUCCCCCGGAUGUAUCUUCACACACUGCUGAGCAGACACCUGCCAGUGGACCAGAUGUUGCCAAUAGUUCUUAUUCUCCUGCUCCUGUCUCUAAUAUUGAUCCUUCUUCUGUUCCUGUCCAAUCGCACUGGGCUGCGCAAGAUUUGCAAUCCGCAACCAUGCAGAACAGUACUACUUCUACUCCUGUACCUGAUUCCCCUGCUGCCAAGGGUCGGCUGGCUCAUGACCGUGUGGGAAUACUGGAAGAUCGCAUCCAGAAAGAUCCCAGAGGUGACAUCCCUGCCUGGUUGGAGCUAAUAGCCGAGCACAGAGGUCGCGGAAGGCUAGACAUUGCGCGCGAGACCUACGAUCGUUUCUUCGAGGUGUUUCCUAUGGCGGCUGAUCAAUGGGUGGCAUAUGCCACCAUGGAGUCUGAACUCAAUGAAUUCUUCCGCCUGGAGCAGAUUUUCAACCGAACACUCCUCUCCAUUCCCAGUGUCCAGCUCUGGUCUGUUUACCUCGACUACGUCCGACGUCGUAAUCCUUUGACAACAGAUGCUUCUGAGCAGGCGAGGAAAACAAUCUCAUCUGCUUACGAUCUGGCAAUUCAAUAUGUCGGGAUGGACAAGGAUUCUGGAAACAUCUGGACAGACUACAUCGAAUUCAUCCGUUCCGGUCCAGGUGUUGUCGGUGGACCUGGAUGGCAAGACCAGCAGAAGAUGGAUCUUCUCCGGAAAGCGUACCAACGAGCCCUCGGCGUGCCAACUCAAGCUCUUAAUACUCUCUGGAAGGAGUACGAUCAGUUUGAAAUGAAUUUAAACAAAGUCACCGGUCGACGAUUCCUUCAAGAACACUCAUCAUCCUACAUGACUGCGCGCAGCUCAUACACCGAGUUGCAGAAUAUCACUCGGGACUUGAUCCGCACUUCGCUCCCGCCGCUGCCUCCUCUUCCAGGCUCUGAAGGCGAUGUGGAAUUCGCAGCACAGGCAAAUAUCUGGAAGCGCUGGAUGGCGUGGGAGAAGCAAGAUCCCUUGGUUCUCAAAGAGGAAGAUCUUUCUGCUUAUAAGUCACGCGUGGUGUAUUUCUACAAACAGGCUCUCAUGGCAAUGACAUUUUUGCCCGAAAUGUGGUUCGAUGCUGCCGAGUUCUGCUUCCAGAAUGAUUUGGAGGAUGACGGGACGGAUUUCUUGAAGAAGGGCAUUGAAGCUAACCCAGAGAGUUGUCUCUUGGCAUUCAAGCGCGCCGAUAGACUCGAGGUUGCUUCCGAGUCUGAACAAGAUUCCGCCAAACGUGCGCAGAAGGUUCGGGAACCGUACGAUAAGCUGCUUGAUGCACUUUAUGCAUUGAUCAGCAAGGCGCGUGACCAGGAAACCCAGGAUGUUGCACGUAUCGAAGCCAGUUUCCCAUCGACCAAUGCCGAAGGCCAGGCUCAGGAUGAGGACGAUGCUGAUCCAGAAGCCAAGGAAAGAGAAGCGGCCAAGAAGGAGCAGAUCGAUGCAGUGCGCAAGGCUCAUUCUACUCAAAUUAAUAUCAUUUCGAAGACCAUCUCGUUUGCAUGGAUUGCACUCAUGCGCUCCAUGCGCCGAAUCCAGGGCAAGGGCAAACCAGGAGAAAUUGCGGGCUCGCGCCAGGUCUUCGCGGAAGCCCGGAAGCGUGGUCGCAUCACCAGCGACGUCUAUAUCGCCAGUGCUCUGAUGGAGUACCAUUGCUAUAAAGAUCCUGCAGCGACUAAGAUCUUCGAGAGAGGCGCCAAACUCUUCCCGGAGGAUGAACACUUUGCGCUCGAAUACUUGAAACAUCUUCUUGACAUCAAUGAUACUAUCAAUGCCAGAGCCGUCUUUGAAACCACGGUCAGGAAGCUAGCGUCCAACCCCGAGAACGUGCACAAAGCCAAACCUAUCUUUUCCUUCCUCCAUGGUUACGAAUCUCGCUACGGCGAUCUCACCCAGGUGAUCAAUCUGGAGACUCGCAUGCGCGAACUUUACCCGGAGGAUCCUGCUCUUGAGCAAUUCGCUAGUCGUUACUCUAACAGCAUAUUUGACCCUACAUCCGUCCAACUGAUCUUGUCACCGUCCCAGACCCGGCAAAAGAUGACCAUGACAGGAUUCCCUCCGGAUGUCCACGGCUCUCCCAUGGCAAGAUACAUGGAUACCUCACUCAACUCACCAAAGCGAGCAUAUCCUACUGACGAAUUUGAUGAUGAUUCAAAUCGCCCACGAAAAUUCAUUCGUGCCGACUCGCCUAUGAAGAGCGCUCAAGGUCGGCGCCUCGACCAGCCGAAGCGUGUGCAACAGCUGAAUGGGCAAUCCGUCUCAUACAGGCCGCAAGGUUCUCCAGCUCCCUUGCCUCGCGAGGUGGUCAAUCUUUUGAGCAUCAUCCCUGCUGCGUCUUCGUACAACAUUGCCCGCCUGUCCCCCGAGAAGAUGGUCGAACUUCUUCGCCACGUUGACAUUCCUUCCGACAUUUCCCAAGUUCAAAUUCCACAGAAUGUACACGGAUCUAGUGGAGGCCAAACCCAAGGUGGGGGAAAUCCGUACUCUGGUAAGAUCACCCAUCUCCUCUCCUUAUUUGCAUGA